AUGUCGACUCGAAAAUUUGAAUCUGGAAGUUCAAAAUUAAGAAAAAAGAAAAGAAUUGAUGCUUUAGUUGAAUCACAAAAGGGAGCUUUAGAUAAAUUUAUCAAAACAAAUAAAAAAAGUAAAUUUGAAAAUCUAGGUGAUUGUUCAUCAAAUGAACAAGUUAAUAAUGUAGAAACUAACAAUAUAGACAUAGACAACGAAAAUGAAAAUAUAGAUUAUUUUGUAGAAGAAGUUAAUAAUAUAGACGAUGAAGAAAAUGUCAAUAAUAAUUUAUUAACAGAAGAGCUUCAUAGUGUUGAAGCCACUAAAAAUAUAUAUGAUCCAAGUCAGUGGAUAAAUAUUAGUACAAGUUUGAGAGAUUUAUUAGUAGAAAAGGGUCCAAUUAAAGUUACUGAUAUAAAUUUUCCUAAGGAUGAAUCUACACGACACUUUUCUUCUUCAUUUUAUAUUCAAAAGUUGCCUAAUGGUGAAAAACGUGAAAGAAGAUGGCUAAUAUAUUCUCAAGAUUUGAAUAAAGUAUUUUGUUUUUGUUGUAAAUUGCUUAAUACUCUUUCUAGUACAAGCAAAUUAGCAUGUGAUGGUAUUUGCGAUUGGAAAAAUAUGGGUAAUACGUUGAGGAGUCAUGAGAUGAGUAAGGAACACAUUGUAAAUAUGGAUCCAUGGAUUGAUUUAGAAAUGAGAUUGUUAAAAAAUAAAACAAUUGACAAACAUGUUCAAGACCAAAUAAAUAGAGAUAGAGAACAUUGGAGAAAUGUAUUGUUAAGAAUAAUUGCGGUUGUUAAAACUCUUGGAAAAAAUAACUUAGCAUUUCGCGGAACAAAUGAAAAGAUUUACCAAGAACAUAAUGGAAAUUUUUUAAGUCUAAUUGAAAUGAUUGCUGAAUUUGAUCCUAUAGUGCAAGAACAUAUUCGUCGAAUUAAAGAUAAUAAAUCCACAAUCAUUACCUUGGAAAUAGGAUACAAAAUGAGUUAA